GUCACUCAUUGCUCUCUCUCUCUCCAACCUCAACCUCGCCCCUUGGUGGUGGCGUCGAGCUGCAGCAACCUCCUCCCCCAUCCAUGCAUUCUUCCAAGUAUGGAAAAGGUCACCAAAGGUACGGAGUCUUGGGGUACCUCCCUGAGCCGGGCUCUAGGGAAUCUGCAUUAUGGGACCUGAAUCGCGCCCGGUCGCCGCUCCUCCGCCUCCCGCCUGAGAUCCGCGAACAGAUCUACCGCCUCCUCCUCGCCGCGCGCCGCAUCCACGUGCGCCACGACCCGCGCACCUCGACCUUCCACUGCGUCGCGCUGCGGCCCGCCGCGAACCCCUGGGACCACGGCCCACGCCACGUGCUCAGCCGGGGGCUGACGCUGCUGGUGCGCGUGUGCCGCCAGCUGUACCACGAGACGGAGCUGCUGCCGUACCGCGAGUGCGCGUGGAGCUGGCAGACGCCCGGGCUGAUGGAGCGGUACCUGCUGACGGAGCGGCGGAUGGGCCUCGCACAGCGGAGGGCUGUGAGGGAGGUCUGCGUGCGUGGGGUCAGGGGGUUCGGGAACCUGAGCCGGCGGGUGAGGGGCGUGCUGGGCGGGUUGGAGGUCGUUUGGUUCUGGGAAGGGAAGGGGAGGGGACGGCGCGGGGAGGCAGACGAUGCGCUGGGGGGUUGGGUUUGUGAGGUCGUCGAGAGGAGGAAGGUUGAUAUUGGUGUUGGGAGGCCGAAUUGA